AACCCUUGAUCAUGUGAUGCUUGACAGUUUUCAACUCUGGGCAUCACUACACAGCCUGCUUGCUUGUGGCUUUGCAGUGACAGGACAGCACUGCACUUCUGUUUCUGACUUCAUGAUUACCUUUGGACAGGAGGAAACAAGCAUGUUUGUGAAUCUGAUGACAGCAAUAAUGGUCCUCUUUGCUGCAGUGUUUUCAGAUGCAGCCACUUGUCCCAACCCAGCAUCAUUCUUCAUUGAUGCACCGAAGAGCUUGGAAGCCUUGGAAGGAACAUGUCUGCAGAUCCCAUGUAAAUUUAGAGGAAACACAGCUCAAACCACAGCCAAUGCUGCUGGAGUGUGGAUAAGAAAGGAUCCCAAAUUUGGCCAAAACCCAGAAAAUGUGGUUUACAACAGCAGCGGGAAGGACAAUAAAUAUUCAAUGACUUUUAUUGGGAACCUGAAUGAGAAAAACUGCACAACUGUUCUAAACAACGUUCAGAAGAUCUACAAAGACAAUUACUUCUUCAGAGUUGAGGAUCGGCAAUUCACGGCAACAGCCUCUUGUGAUCCUGUUCAAAUAAAAAUCAGCCAUUCUGCUUGGAGUCCCACCAUUGAAAUUCCAGCUGAUCUGAAGGAGAGGGACUCUGUCACUGUCACCUGUUCGGCUUUCACUCCCUGCCCUAAAUCUCCUCCUGAACUCACCUGGAAUCUUUCAAAAGACCCUCAAAGGCAAAUUGAGGAAAACGUAGAUGGAAGCUUUAUAACUAAAAUCCAGGAGACCAUCACUCUGUCAGACACUCACAACGGUUCCACCAUCAACUGCUCCGUCAGAUAUCCUGUGAACGAAAGAAAAGAUGUAAAGAUAGCAGAGACACAACAAACUCUGAAUGUUUCACGUGCUCCUACGGACACAUCAUCAUCGGGUUUGGUGUCAAUCACUGGAGGGAUUGCAGGGGCCAUUCUACUCAUCUGUUUGGGUUUUCUCAUCUGGUGGUUUAAGUCUAGACAUUCAUCUUCAAAUCAGACUCACCGCACCACACAGAGUUUGGGUGAAGAAAAUGCUGCUCAAAGCCAAGACAUCCACUAUGGAGAAAUUGUCUUUUCCAAGGGGGGACUUUCCUCACACUCAACGCAGAAAACGGCAGACCAGCCAUGUGUUGUGUAUUCACAAAUAAAUGUAGGUCAGAGUGGAAACACACAAACAGGUGAAGACAUAUAUUCUAUGGUGAAAAGAUGAGUGGACUGAUGUGUACAAAUGUUAGGAUUUUUUGUUGUUUUUAGACUUUAUGCUAUUAUUAAAUCUCAUUUAGCAAAUAAUCAUAAUGAUCAAAAGGUGUUUGUGUUUUUAAUUACACUGUUUGACAUCCACACAACUCAAAAGUAGAAGCCCCACAUGAAAAUGUGAAUCCGCUCCAAGCAAAAUUUUGUUUUAUGACUUAAAAUUCAUAUCCAUCACAAUCAUGUUCAGAUCAGAAUCUUUGAAAAUUUUACAAGUUUAAUUUUAGGUGUGGAGCUUUUUCCAUUUGAGGUCUCUUGAAGCUGAAAUCUUUUGGUAGUUAAAAUGUACUUUUCAAUAGAGGAAGCAGGUUUAAGUUUGAUUCGUUUGUGCACUUUACUUUUGUUUUUUGUUCACACUUCCGUUCCCACAAGAUUCAGUCAGAUGCUCAGAUUCAUACCAGUUUUGGUUCUCUUUCGCCCCCCACUGUCCACAUUUCAUCACCGUUUUCUGAGUUUUGAAGCAAAACCCCGUUUCACAGUAAUGCCUCUAAUGUAGGUGUUUUAGAAUAAACUGCAUAAGAGAUGUAUAACGAAAACAAAAAACUGCUAACAUUACUAACAUUUUAGACACAUCCUGCAUAACAUGGCCAUACAAUAAAAACCCUAAGUUUACACAU